AUGAGUCAAGUGUCGAGUUUUAUUACCCCUAAAUUGGUACAUGAUGCCCAAUUUUCACUAUCCAGUUUCGUCGCUUUAAUGUUUCUUUUAUUUCACUAUGCAUUGAUAAUGAGACAACUUCUUAGAGAUCCGUACAUGGAAACCAAGCUUAUAUUGGCACAUGGUUCGUUAUUCGUUUUAAACCUAAUUGCUACCGGAUAUGUCGUGUUGUAUGUGAUAUAUCCAUAUGUUUACAGAGAAGAGCUUCUUGAAGAGAAGAAAGCGGAUAAAAAGAGCGAGUAG